AAGCUUAGCUAAGCACCACGAUUAGACUAAGUGGGCCCUCGCUUCCUUUCCCACUCCCUCCUCCCGUUACCACUACUCUGGUACCUCACUCCCAUCGACCUGGCAGCGGCAUUCCUUUUAAGGCUGUCCUGAUACGCAUCUCGCUACUGUACUAGUACACAUCGUAAAGAAACACGCUUCUCCAGCUGCGUUCAUCCUCGGCCUAGCUUGGCAUUUCUAUCAACCCGGGCGCCCCCACCCCCGCAUUCGCGUCUGGCUCUCGCCAUCACUCGUCUCUCCUCUUGACAAAGACCGACGCGAGUGCAAUGGAUGCCGUCAUGCAGCUGGCCAGAGAGGCUAGCAACCAUCAAUAUCUCCCCGCUGCAGAACAGUCGGGCUCUUCGAAUGGGCAACAGAACAGCAGUGGUCACGGAGAGGGAGAUCAAGGACACGAGCAGCAGGGCACCUCGACAACGGCAGAGGAGCCUGCAAGCGGAGCUAGUGGCGGAGGCAGUGGCACUGGUAGGGGUCGAAGGAAGGCUGCACCUUCUAAUGCGUAUGCCAGAGGUGGACGAAAGCGCAAGCUGUCGAACAGGACCCCGCCGGCUGCAGCCACGCAGGACGAAAGGGAGCAGCUAGCCACUCGAGAGGAACAAGCGGCCGACGAGCAGGCUUAUCAUCACGAUGCUUCCACUGCUGCUGCCUGGAUGCAGGACCGUCUAGAGGGCCAGCAGCAGGAGCAACACCAGUACGACUCGUAUGGCUACCCCGAGAACAUGGCUGGUCCCUCUGAUCUUGCAGCAGCCACUGCAGCCGCGGCGGCGGCAGCUGCUGCCGCCACUGCCAACAACCACCGUCUACCCCUGCCCGAAGACGGCGCCGAAGAGGAUCAACUACAGCAGCAGCAGCAACAACAGCAACAGCUCGAGGGCAGUCCUCCAUCUCAAUCCGCCUCUCCUUCCAACCGCCCCCUCUCUUCCACGAAGCGCGCCGCUCAGAAUCGAGCCGCCCAACGCGCCUUUAGGGAGAGGAGGGACAAGCACGUCAAGGAGCUCGAGACUACAGCUGCGCAAUUCGCCCAGAUACAGGCAGACUAUGCUACACUGCAGGGCAGGUAUGCCGAGGCGAUUGCGCUCAUUGAUCAUCUCAGGAGGGAGAAUGAGGAGUUGAGGGGAGGAGAAGCUGUGGAGGAAGGGCAGGGACAGCAGGGAGGGUAUGCUCAUGCUCCUGCUCAUCCUGAAGAAGGUGAUGUCGAGGGACCAAGGGCAGAGAAUCCCACAGAGGGGCUGGAAGCUGUUGCGAGCGCAGCGGCAGGAGCCGCGAGACUGGCCGCUGCUAGCGAGCUUCGUCAGCAGGAAGCACAAGGCCGUGAAGAACACGAAGGGGGACAAGCCUCAGCUGAGAGGGAGCAGGAAGCUUUCACUGGUGCUUCCUAGUUGAGGCUAAGGCCAAGAGGCGAAAGGCCAGGAGGGCAGCCCUGAGCUCUACCGUUGUACCACAAUAAUCCGACGUCGCGUCUCCUGUACUGCAUACCCGCUUUCCUC